UGGCAUCAUUGUAAAUACAAUGCAGGUUAUGUUUACUAUAAAAUGUCCAAAUACAGUCUUUUACGCGUAACACAGAUAAAUGGAAUAUAUUUAGACAAUGAAAUUAACAAAUUAUUCAUUCAAUUAAUCCAGGAAGCCACCAAAAACUUUCCUCCUGGAUUAACAGCCCCGUACGAUGAAGAAAUUAAGUUAUUACUUCGUUUGGCUGUCUUAAAUUACUCCAUAGUUAAAUAUGGCAGCACUUUUGGGCAACAAUUGUUGUCCAUUAAGUACGAUGAAAUUUCUACAUUUAAAAGAUAUCUUUAUGUAUUCGGUUGCGUCAUGGGGUAUGUAAAGGAUAAAUUCGAGAUAUGGAGGCCUUCACACGAGAUUAAUAAUCACAUAUCGCGUAUAUAUACGAUUUUAAAGAUAAUGGAUUUUAUUAAUUUGUCUGUGUUUUUAAAGAAUGGCCAAAAACCUUUGUUAAUUGAGAGAUUUUUGGGUUUAAAUCAAGUUUACUCCAAUGAAAACACUCAGAGACAAUUUGAUUCAAAAUAUUUGGCUAGGGAGCUGCUUUGGAAUGGUUUUAUUGAAAUAAUUGUGCAUGUUUUGCCUUUAAUUAAUUAUCACAAGGUUACAAGGACAAUAAGGAAUAAUAAUCCUUUCCGACAGAAGCCGGUUUAUACUACAAUGUCUUGUAGGACGAUAACUAUGCAUUCCAAAUGUGCUUUUUGUGGUGAGAAUCCAACUAUACCUCAUCAUAUGGGUUGCGCACAUAUUUUCUGUUAUGUAUGCUUAAAGGGAAAUCAAAUUGCAGAUUCAAAGUAUGAAUGUCCAGUUUGUGAACAUAGAAAUCCCAAUAUUCUUUGUGAUAGAGUGGCUUUAAUUUAA